AUGCCUAAGAGAAAAAGUAACUUAUCUCAAAAAUCUAAAAAUGCCAGAAGAGUUGCAGAGUAUCGACGAAAUGAAACAAUAGAAGAACGAGAAGCACGCUUGCUCACGAGCUCAAUAACAACUGCUUCAAGGCGAGCUGCUGAAACGCCUGCUCAGCGUGAGGCCCGACAAACAGCAAAUGCAUACAGGACGGCUGCUUUACGUGCUGACGAAACGCCUGCUCAGCGUGAGGCCCGACAAGCGGCAAAUGCAUGUAGGAUGACUGCUUCACGUGCUGACGAAACGCCUGCUCAGCGUGAAGUUCGUCUUUCUACUGAUAAUGAAAGACAUGUGAACCGAAGAGCGAACCAGACACCAGUGGAACAUGAAAAUGAUUUAAGACACAGAAGGGAAGAACGAGCACGUUUUCUGCGCAUGAACUGGGAUCCCUUUAGAGCUAUGGAACAGUGGCCAGAGGAGGACCUCAAGGUAGUAAUUCGAGCUGAUAGGCGUCCUCCAGGUGAACAUGAGAGGCGGUUCAAUGCGCCAACGACAAACGAAGUAGCUGCUGUAGUUGUCAAUGAUGAAAUUGAAAGUAGAGACAUUGUCUUGCGUAAACGAGACGAAACACUGCUUUUGAACCAGUUUGUCGUUGACAUGUUUGUGAAAAUUGAAUCUGAGAGGCUUCUUUUUUUAAAAAGGAACCAAAGUAAGCUGAGAUCGGACAACUACGUUCACUUACAAGAUGCGGUAGCUAAUGAUGGAAACGUUGAUCCCAAUAAUGUUGGUCAACUUGUGAUUCUACCCUCAUCAUUCACUGGCAGUCCUAGAAGACGCGGUCCUGAAGAUGGAGGAAAUUCAGCAGAGACCACCAUAGCAGCUAAUAGAAACAAUCCUAUCAAUAUAGACAAUUCUUGGAUUGUACCAUUCAACCCUGUCCUUUCCAAAAUGUUUAAUGCUCACAUAAAUGUUGAGUAUUGCAGUUCGGUGAAGUCAAUCAAGUAUGUUUGUAAGUAUAUUCACAAGGGUAGCGACCAAGCAGUUUUCAACUUACGAAACAAAGAUGUGCAAGCAAAUGUAGAAAGAAAUGAAAUUGAAAUUUACCAGACCGGCCGCUACGUUAGCACAAAUGAAGCUUUUUGGAGAAUAUUCUCCUUUCCUGUGCAUGAAAGAUAUCCUACUGUCACACAUUUAAGUGUUCAUCUUGAAAAUGGUCAGCGAAUAUAUUUCAAUGAAGACAACAUGCAAGAAAAGCUAUUAAAUCCACCUAACACCACGUUGACUGCAUUUUUUAAACUAUGUGAAACAGAUCCAUUUGCACAAGGUCUCCUUUACCCAGAUGUACCUCACUACUACACCUGGAAUGCAUCUACAAAAGAAUUCAAACGAAGACUAUUGGGACAACCUGUUGAAGAAUAUCCUGAUGUCAAGUACUCAGCUGCUAUAGGACGCGUAUACACUGUUCAUCCGAAUAAUGUGGAAUGUUUUUGUCUACGUAUUCUUUUACACAAGAUCCGUGGUCCAAAAUCUUUCAUUGAUUUGAGAACUGUUGGAAAUACUGUCUUUGAUACGUACAAAGAGACCUGCCAAGCUUUGGGUCUUUUAGAAGAUGACCAAAUAUGGAAGAACACACUCGAAGAAGCAUUACAAUCAAGAUCAUCCUCGCACGUCCGCUACCUUUUCUCCAUAAUGAUAAGUUCAUGUGGAAUGUAUAAUCCAACAGAACUCUGGGAAACAUUCAGAAUGCAAAUGUCUGAAGAUAUUGUGCACAGGUUUCAACUUGAAGAGGCGAAUGAUAUUGUGUACAACGAGGCACUUCGUGAUAUUGAAAAGAAGGUUUUUGAAAUGUGUGGGAAGAAACUGAGUUUUUUUGGACUCCCAAAUCCUCAAACUAAUGUUGAAGCAAACUCAGAAAUAUUCAGAGAAUUGUCAUACAACACCAAUGAUCUUCAAGAAUAUGUUAGAGAAAACUUACCAAAGCUUACAAAUCACCAAAGAAAAAUUUAUGACACUAUAAUCAACAAAAUAGAAAACGCAGAGGAUGCAGUAUUCUUCCUGGAUGCUCCUGGGGGCACUGGCAAAACUUUUCUCAUCAACAUUUUACUUGCUGCAAUUAGACAAGAAAAUAAAAUUGUAAUUGCAGUAGCAUCGUCUGGUAUAGCAGCUACCCUUUUGCCUGGAGGAAGAACAGCCCACUCUGUAUUUAAGUUACCACUAAAUUUAACCAAUGUCGAAAUGCCAACAUGCAACAUCCCCAAAGAUUCAGAAAGAGCUGCUUUGUUGCGUCAAUGCAGUUUAAUAGUUUGGUAUGAGUGCACCAUGGCCCACAAAGGAGCUUUAGAAGCUUUGGAUCGAUCCCUUCGUGACAUUCGGGGUAGCAACACAUUGAUGGGAGGCUUAGUUGUUUUGAUGGCUGGGGACUUCAGACAGACACUGCCUGUAAUCCAGCGUGGCACUCCUGCUGAUGAAAUAAGUGCCUGUUUAAAGUCCUCGCGCCUAUGGGAUCAUGUUUCAAAACUCUACCUCACCGAAAACAUGAGAGUUAUCUUAAACAAUGACGGCAAUGCCGGCGAAUUUGCAUUAAGCUUGCUGAAAAUAGGUGAAGGUAAGAUUCCAACAAAUGAGCAGCAAAUAAUCGAGCUACCAAGAAAUUUCUGCAAGUUAGUCGACUCAACUGAAGAUCUUAUUUCCUCCGUGUUUCCAGACUUUGAAACAAACUACCUUUCAAGCGGAGUUAGCAGCGUUUAG